CUCUCGAGUGUCACCGCUGAUGCUCUCUGCUCCGGUGAGACAGUUUAUCUGAUUGAAACAGGUUCAUUUUCAAGAAAUAAUCAUACAAAGAAGAAAUUAUAAAGAUUUAAAGUAAAAGCAGAAUUGAACUGCCAAAAGCCAGAUGAUUGUGCGACAGCUCACCUGUAGAUUUUAUACACAUGCCCUCCUAAAGAAGCCCCGGGGCGUCCCAGACAUGGCCAGACCCAGUUCAGACUUGGCAGCGUUCAGGGAGAUUUUCUCCAAGGCCAAAAGCAUUGCCAUCCUCACCGGAGCAGGAGUGAGUGCUGAGAGUGGGGUGCCCACCUUCAGAGGAGCAGGAGGCUACUGGAGGAAGUGGCAAGCUCAGGAGCUGGCCACACCAGAGGCCUUCUCCAGGAAUCCAUCCCGCGUGUGGGAGUUUUACCACUACCGCCGGGAGGUCAUGCUCACCAAAAACCCCAACCCCGCCCACCAGGCCAUCGCCGAGUGCGAGGAGCGCCUGAGCAAACAAGGUCGUGAGGUGACAGUCAUCACACAGAACAUCGACGAGCUCCACCGGCGAGCCGGAUCCAAGAACAUCCUGGAAAUCCACGGAAACUUGUUUAAAACGCGCUGCAUGACCUGCAGUCACGAAGCGGCCAAUUACAAGAGCCCCAUUUGCGCCGCGCUGGAGGGCAAAGGAGCGCCGGACCCGAACACAGACGACGCCCGGAUCCCCGUCCAGGACCUACCGAGGUGUGAACAGACGGGCUGUCGUGGCCUCCUGAGACCAGCUGUGGUUUGGUUUGGAGAGACUCUGGACGCCGACAUCCUCACCUCUGCAGAGAAAGCGCUAGACAGCUGUGAUCUCUGUCUCGUGGUCGGCACCUCCUCAGUUGUGUACCCGGCGGCCAUGUUUGCGCCCCAGGUGGCGGCCAGAGGCGUCCCCGUGGCCGAGUUCAACAUGGAGAACACGCCGGCCACCAUGCGCUUCCAGUUCCACUUCCAUGGCCCCUGCGGGACCACCUUACCCCCGGCGCUGGCUCCGCACGACGCCGAACGGAAGUGAGGGGGGCGUGCGGCGAGCAGGACCGCAGGUGCUGCACACACAGGCCACACCGUAACACCGGGACUCUGCAGGUCCGCCGUCCCUCUGCAGACCGAGAUCAAGCCUAUCUGCUGCUGAAUGAAGAAAUAAACGUGACUCUAUCAACAUGACGAUAAUAAUUAUGAUGAUCCAUUUGUUGUUGGUUCUCAAUUUGUUAUGUUUUGUUGGGUUUUUUUUUCCUGCAUUUGAAUCAAAUACCACAGAAGUGAUUCUCGUCACGUCGUCUUUUCUGACUUUACGUCUGUGUUUUAGCCUUCAGAGAGACUGUGAACGCUUAAAUCUCUGAGCUUUUUUCAUUUUGUCUGGGAAUUACAGCUAAAAACUGUUAUUGAAACACUGCAGCCUUUUCAAUCAGUCAAAUCAAACUUUAUUUAUAUCGCACUUUUAAUACAAAAAAAUGCAGCAAGAAAGUGCUUCACAGGGUAAAAAGUAAAUAAAAAGAGUGAAACCCCCCCCCUUCUGCUCUUGUAUACAUGUGAAAAAUGAAGAAAUAUAAAUUUGAAAAUAUUACAACAGGUAAAAAAGGGAAAUUAGUUAAAAGCCUUAUUAAAAAGAAAGGUCUUGAGUGUGCUGCUAAAACGUGAAGAUUCUCUGCAGGCUGAUCCAUCAGCUGGGAAGCAGGAAUGAUUUAAAUGCCGGUGCCAGAGGACCUGAGACUUUACCAUGGUUCAUGAGAUUAAAAUAAAUCUGUAAGAUCAGAAUGUGUGAGACCUUUAAAAACCUUUGAAAGGGCCUUAAAAUUUGAAAGUGGCGUGAUGUGAUCCUGCUCCGUUUGCUGAACAAUUCGGUGAAAUGUGAACAGAAGUCAGCAUCAUUUUCUGCACAUUGCGAUGUGCUUUUGUCUUCGUGUUCCCAGCGGCGUGGAACUAGUUAUGCCUCGAAGGAAAUGGGACUGUAGGGGAGGAAUAUUUGUGGCUCGGAUUUUGCACAGGCAGGCACACACUGAUAUGGCUUCAUUGAAGAAAAUGGAAAAAGAAUUUACAGCAGAAGGCAUCUGAUACGGUGGAAGACUGAAACUACAAGCCGAAGAACGAUCAGACCAGCUGAAUGUGCAAUGAUAUUAAAAUGUGUCUCUGAAAGAAAAACUUUGGCACCACUGAUGUAGUGGUUAGCACUUUAGCCUCACAGAGGGAAUGUGCCCAGUUGUAGUCCAGGCUCCUGGUUUUCGUGGGUUUUGUCCUCCCCCCGAUGAUAAAGAAUGGAUCUGAGGUGAGUUGUAGGCUGAAUGAGAUCUGCUGAUUGGAGUUAGAGGAGCUCAUUGAUUGAAUUGACUGGCUGCAGUGGUCUGGUCUGACAGUAGGGGGCAUUGUUUAGCUGCUGCUCUGCAGAUGCACUAGCUCCUUGCAGAGGAUGUUAGGUGUGUGUGUGUGUGUGUGUGUGUGUGUGUGUGUGUGUGUGUGUGUGUGUGUGUGUGUGUGUGUGCGUUCUCGUAUUUCUAUCCUUGUUGGGGCCAAAUG